AUGAAAAUCUUGAUCACAGUUAUAUUGCUCAUCUCCGGAAACUAUGCUGUACCCGACGGUUAUGGAGCUUCCAGGCCUGCAGGAGGUUUAUCAGUUGGAGGACGAAUCUCAAGUGGAGUAGCAUUAACUAAAGGUAGAAGAUUUUCUGGCGGAGGAGGAUUCUCUGGAGGAGGACGUGUCUCAAGUAGAGAAGAAUUAUCUAGCGGUGGAAGACGUGUCUCCUUUGGAAUAGCAUUAUCUAGAGGAGGAGGACGUGUCUCAAGUGGAGUAGGAUUUUCUAACGGAGGAGGAUUUUCUAGCGGAAGUGGAUUCUCUGGUGGAGGCCUAUCGAUCAGGGGAGGAUUUCCCAGCGGUGAAGGAUUCUCCAGAGAAAGAGGCUCAGGAGGCUGUACUGCCGGGACGGUCCUACAUGUGAAUGGGUCUUGCGUCACCCCUGAAGUUACAAGAAGAAUUUAUGUUUACGAUGCCCCUCCACAGCUCAUACAGCGAAGUGGGACACCGCCAAGGAUUCCAUCGCCUAGAGUAGAGCACAAUAUCGUCUUUGUGCGUGUUCCUGAAAAAGGUGCCGGUCCCGAGCCAAUUGUCAUACCACCGCCACAGCAGGAAAUUAUUAUAUACGUGCUUAACAAGAAUGAAGGAGAUGGAGGACAGCGAGUUAUCGAAGUACCCACUCCUCCUCCUUCUAGGCCCGAGGUGUUCUUCGUCAACUAUGCUGACAGGGAAAAUCCUCAACUCCCAAUUGGUGUGGAUCUCCAAACUGCUCUUCAAGCUGCAGUUAACGGAGGACAAGUCGUCGGUGGUGCCGCAGGUGCUAGCACUUCAGGAGGUGGAAGAUUUAGAGGUGCGCCUGCACUGGGUGGCGAUGUUUUUGGCGGUAGUGGAGGAUUUGGUGGAGCUGGAGGUGGAUUUGGUGGAAGUUUAGAGGAAGGUUUUGGAAGUGGGGUUGGACAAGUGGAUGUCUUUGGAGGUAGACAUAUUCCUGCCCCAGCGAUCACUUACGGUAUACCAUAA